UCCGGAUAAAUGGAGAGCAUAGAUCUCUGUGGAGGAGAUGGCGGGAGCAUUUGGGGCAGAAAACCAACGCCCAGAGAGAAGGAUGGGUUUCUAUUGAGUAUUAGGAACACAAGAAUUGGUCUGACUGCUGCCGGCCGCCAUGUACCCUUUACCAGGGUGACAUUUGGUUGUCAUGGCAACUGGUUCAUAGCAACUGAUCAACUUGGCGUAAUAUAUUCUUUUGACGUUUACAGAAACAAAUAUCAGGUUGUGUAUCGGUUGGGAAAAACUUGUACAGCACUUCUGAUAAGCCACACCUACUCUAACGAGCUUUUUGUAGCAACUAACGAUUUAAAUGUGCACUGUAUAAAUAUUGGUUCUCGUCAAUUGAUAACUACGUUUGGUCCCCAUGAAGCGUCAAUAAAGUCCCUCUCAUUGCCUCAGAGUGGUCAGUAUCUGUUAGUAGUGACAGCCUGUGACUCUGUCCUAUGGGAUAUCAAUACUGGCAUAAGACGCAAGACCUUGUGUGGAGGUGAAAGUGUUGGGGUGCAAGAUGUGUUCUUCCUGCCAUUGACUAACAGUAUCAUAACUUGUUUCAAAGAUGACUCCAUUCACGUGUGGGACACUAGUACACUUGAUUAUAAAUACAACCUUCCACUUCCGUCUGGCCCUCCUCCUCAUUACAGAGCAUUCGCUACCACACAAGAUGGCUCCUUCCUUGUUGCUGGUGGUCGCUCUAAUAUACUGUACAUAUGGAGCAUGAAGAGACACGUGUUGGAACACGUCAUACAGUUACCAUCAAAAGUAAAGAACGUCAAACAACUCCUCUUUGUGCCUGGUACUUUUGAUGGACAUAAAAGCCAGGUCUUGGGUAUGUUGGCACAGGAUGGCUUGCUGAGGUUUGUUAGUGUAACUGGAUGUCAGCUGCUGUUCACACUAGGAGGUAAAGAUGAGGAGUUAAUCUCAAUGGCUCACAUUGACCCAAUGGGUAGACAUGUAGCAGCUGUUACUGAGCAAGGUUCCCUCCUAAUAUAUGAUCUCUCUCAUUCUUUAAAAGCACACCAUCUGCCUUCUUUAACGGUCUCCGAAUUGUUCCAAGUUGAGAAGUCUUCUUCUCAAGUCUCCAAACUCUCCUCAUCCUCUACCUCAGUACCUGAUCCUCCUGUUAAACCUGUUUCUAAAACCAGUCAGUCCGCUAAGAGAGGUGAAACGAGCUCUGCUGGAGGAGGCGUGUCUCUCAAUUUAGCUAAACUAAGAAGCAUAUUGAGAGGCUAUGGAGAAUACCCAGCAAAAUAUCGUUCCUUUAUUUGGCGUUCAUUACUUCAGUUACCUCUCAAUCACAUGUCUUACUCCACACUCCUGGAUAAAGGGACUCAUUCUGCUUACAUUGACAUUGGAGACAAGUACCCCAUCAAGAGCCAAAAGCUACUAAGAAUACUGCAACGCACCCUUUCUGCUCUGUCCCACUGGAGUCCAUUGUUCAGUGAAGUGGAUUACCUUCCUCCUCUCAUAUUCCCUUUCGUCAAGCAUUUUCAAAACAACCAGCUGGUAAUAUUCGAAAUGGUCGCCACCAUAUUAUUCAAUUGGUGUAGUCACUGGUUUGAAUAUUUUCCUAAUCCUCCAUUGAACGUAUUGUCCCUGGUAGAGAACCUCCUCUCCCAUCACGAUAAUCACUUACUUCAACACUUCGUAUCUCAUAACAUCACCGCCCAGGUCUAUGCCUGGCCUCUUCUACAGACCCUGUUCAGCGAGGCUUUGUCCAAGGAAGAGUGGCUCAAGUUAUGGGACAACGUCCUCUCCCAGCCUCCCUCCUUCCUCCUAAUGGUAGCUGCUGCCUAUAUAUCCUGUGCACGCUCGGCUCUCUUGAAAUGCACGACUGUUGAAGACGUUGAGUAUUUCAUGAGGCAUCAAAGUACAGUCAAUCUAAAGGUUGUUUUACAAGAUGCUUACAGGAUGCAGGAAGCCACACCCCCAGCCAUACACCCACACAAGACGCUGGGAGACUUUGUCCCUCUCACAAGCGGAGCGUAUCCGAUAUUUAAUAAAUACCCAAAAUAUAUCGUCAAUUAUCAGUUACAAGAGAAAGAGAGGAUAAGGAGAGAGGAACAAGAGUACCUCAGACAAAGGCAACAGACUCUUGAGCUGGAGAGAUUGGCUGAGCAGCGACGUCAGGAAGAUGAGGCUUGGCAGCGACAGCACGAGCUCCUCCUACAGGCGGAGUCUCAGAGGAAGAAGAUGCUGGAGCUAGAGGAGGAGAAGCUCUCAGACCAGAGGGCAAGACUAGCUGCAAUGAAGCGCGAGGCUAAACUGAAAGAAUUGAAAUCGCUCGAUGAUGCGAGACAAAAGUAUCUUCAGCAGCAACAGACACUGAGAGAGUUAGAGAUUGAGAAAAUGGACAAAGAAAUAGAGAAAAAGGUAUUACUGAGGGAUAAGGAGACACAAGAAGCCAUAGAAGAGGUUGAAAUACGCUCAUUAGAACUGCAGGCACAGAGAGCCUGUCUUGAGAGGGAGCUGUUGAGACGUCAUGAGCUAGCUAUGUAUAGACUUAGGAAUGCUCAUGAAGUAGAGAGAGAAAGAACAGAAUCAGAGAGAUUCAGUCCACCAUCUAAAAUAGCAGAUAUACAAGAGGCCCAGUCCAACAUGAUUCAGUUGGAAAAUGAUCUUCAAGCCAGAAACAAUGAGGACAUUGCGUUAGCUUGUCGGGAAUUACGCUCAUUACAAAACGAUUUAAAAGAGCAAAACCUCCAAGCUGCACAAGAGAAAUAUAAGGAGGAAGAGAAGAAAUUGGAAACAGCUUUUAUGAAAUUACAAACAAUGAAAGAUUCUAGUUCCAGCGAAGAAAUAUCAUCAAUAAAUCCUCCUGAUAAUAAUCAUACUGGAGCAGGUCAAUGGCCUCACCAUAGGAAGCAGUUAAAUGGCGAGGAGACACAGUUGUUGCAUAGUGUACACAAUCUGAGGAGGAGAAUAGCACAGCACAUGAGGGAUAGCACCAGUCCCUCACUUCUCUCUACUUAGAAGAGUAUAAUAGAGUAGUGCUUUAUCACUUAAGAAUAAAUGGCAGAUUAUGUGAAGAGUGAAUGUUUUAAUGCAUCAUUAGUUUUGUAUCAAGUGGCUAUAUCUAUAGGACAUAAGUACUGUUUUGAUACAUGUAGUUAAACCAAAAAGUAUUUCAUCAAAACACAU